UUCAUUAGGAUAGUACUUGGACGGGACGAACGAGACGGCAACCAACGCGCGCAGGAAAAAGUCAAUCGUUUCACAAGUUUCAUUCCAUCUCUCUUCGCCCUUUGGAUCUCUCUCUUACCCUGGUCUCUUAUCCAGAACCCCCCAACCCACUCACUUCCAGAACUCAACAACAACUGCAAGGCAAAAUGUCGCCGCUUCCGGAACAAGGCACCCCGGCACUCACGGAGAUGGAUCGGAGGGGGGACGUCGUCUUCGUCGUCGGGUCCGCCGGCGACGACACACCGGCCCGGAGCUUCCGCGUGUGUUCCCGGACCAUGGCCCGCGUGUCGCCCGUUUUCGACCGGAUGCUAUUCGGCCAUUUUGCGGAAUCCAAGUCGGCGGCCGCCGACGCCGCUAACGCCGCCAACGCCAUGGAUCUCCUCUCGUUUCCCGGGACACCCGGCGGCGGCGGCGCCGCCGCCCCAACGGCCAAGGAGUGGACCGUCCACCUCCGCGACGACCGGCCAGAGGCGUUCGACCUCUUCGCGGGCAUCGCGCACGGCCAGUACCGGCGGGUACCGCGCAGCCUGUCGGUGGACCGGCUAUACGAGCUGACAGUGCUGACGCACUACUACGACGCGACGCCGGCGCUGACGCCCUGGCUGCAGGGGUGGGUGGCGGGCGUCGGGGAGGGCAACCACAGCGCCGAGAUGAGCAGCGGCCACGUCGCGGGGCGGGACGGGGAGCUGGUGAUGCCCAAGGUGCUGUGGAUCGCGUGGGAGCUGGGUCACAAGCAGCUGUUCGAGGGGACGGCGCGAAGGCUGGUGAUGGAGAGCUGCGGGAGCCUGUUUGGGGAGGAGAGCGGGCUUGGGGAGCUGAGCAUGCCGCCGGAUGUCAUUGAACGCGUGGCGGCCAUCCGCACCGAGACGAUCCGGUCCAUCAUGGACGUUUUCCGCGACCUGGUGUCGAAGCUGGUGCUCGUCGACGAAGGGCCGCGGUGGUGCCGGCACGCGUCGUACAUGGGACCGCACCGGUGCGAGAGCAUGAUCCUGGGGAGCCUGACGUUCUGCCUGACGCGGGCGGGGCUCUGGCCGGUGCCGGCGGCCGAGGACGUCGAGGAGAGCGUGCUGACGCUGUACUCGACGCUGAUGAACCUCGUGAUCCACGACAUCGGGCGGCCGUCGGUGGAUGGUAGGGGGGGUGGUAGCGGCUCGUCGUCAUCUGGGGUGGUGGACCACGCCGAGUGUAACCCGCGCGGGUUCCUGAUGGAGCGGAUCAAGAACAUCCUGGCCGAGGUGGGGAGUCCCGUGUCCGAGGGCCACCGGAAGCAUCUGGACCGGCAGAUUCAGAGACUGCUUGUUUGAGUGGUCGAUAGGCUGUUGGGUUGAUGGUGGUGGUGAUGGUGGUGGUGAUAGUGGUGCUGGGAUAGAGGAAUAUUUUCAAGAGGAGUUUUCGGUUCGAUAGAGGUUGGGGAUCUUGGGAGUUGUCGUGAUGGGCCUGUUGUGUCUAGAGGCCCCGGGGUGGAAUUUCCGGGGAAUAGAUGGUCAACGAGCAGUGAUAGCUGCCAUGGGAUGGUUUUUAGACAUUCGGCUCU